AUGCUUGACGUUCUGUCGUUUGACGUAGACCCUCAAACCGGGUUUCUUCCUGCCCAGUAUCCUAUCACCAGAAUUGCAGAUGAGUAUUAUCAGCCCUGGGAAAGACUCGUGGAAAACUUGCCGGCUGUUCUUUUGACAAAGAAGAUCAGAACCUAUGUUGACAAACUUCCAGUUUUGUCCACCGACCGCCUUGGGUCCAAGGAAAACUUCCGUAGAGCUUAUCAGGUCUUGGGCUAUUUGGCACAUGCUUACGUUUGGGGAACCGACCAGCCCGUGAGCCAGUUGCCUGAGCUGAUUGCUCGUCCUUUAGUGGAGACCGCAGACGAGUUGGGUCUUCCUCCGUUGGGAACAUACGCCAGUUUCUGUCUCUGGAACUUCAAGGAAAUCAUUCCUUCUGGCGGUUCCACUGCCGAGAUGGACUUCGACAACAUCACCACCAUCAACACAUUCACCGGCUCCAUCGAUGAGUCGUGGUUCUACCUCGUGUCUGUAUUUUUCGAGUUGGCUGGUGCCAAGACUGUGAAGUUCGGCUUGGACAGUAUGGAACAUGCACAGAACGGUGACUUCCCCGAGUUGAUCAAGUCAUUGCAAAGUUUGGCCCAGAGCGUCGACCACCUAGGCUCGAUUUUGUUGAAAAUGGAGGAGAUGUGUGAUCCUUACGUGUUCUACUUCCGUAUCAGACCCUACUUGGCGGGUUGGCUGAACAUGACAGAGGUGGGCUUGGACAAGGACGGCGUUCUCUACGGCACUGAAUCCAAGCGCAGAUCAUACGCCGGAGGCCUGAAUGCCCAAUCCUCGCUCAUAUCCUUCUUGGAUGCCCUUCUCAGUGUUCACCACUUCUCCACUGGUAAGCGCCCAGUUCCACACCAAGCUGACUCGAACGUGGACAACUUUGAAGAUUUCAAGCAACUGAGCCCCAAGAAUGAGUAUUUGAUUCAAAUGAGACAAUACAUGCCCCGCGAGCACCGCGACUUCUUGCUGAUGGUCGACGAGUCGUCCACCAUUCGUGAAGUGGUCAUGGCUAACAAGGCGAACAGUGAGCUUACAUUGAGUUACGAUGCUUGUUUGGCCAUGCUUAAGCUGUUCAGAGACAAGCACAUCCAGCUUGUGACUCGUUACGUCGUCUUGCAAGCCAAGAGAGCACCAUCCAUGGGAUCGCUGCAGACUUUAAGAUCUGGUUUGGCAAAGCAAAAGCAAGAGGGCGCAAAAGAAAGAGGUACAGGUGGAACGUCCCUACUCCCCUUCUUGAAGCAGUGCAGAGAUGAGACUGGUGAUCCCGCCGCAGGUAAUUGGGGUAAGAGACUUCUUAGUGACGGUGUGAUGCGCCUCAACUACUCUAAAUCCAACGGCAUAAAUGAGGACUAA